AUGCCGCACCGCCAUCCACAUGUCGUCCGCGAGGAGCUAGAGGUCGCCGGAGUCGAGGAACCACGUGGUACUCCAGGGAUGCUAUGCUGCACGCGCUACUCGCUCCAGCUCCUCCAACCCCAUCCCUCCUUCCCCGGUGGCGCCACCUGCUCUUGCUCAUGCUCAUGCUCCCCGCCUUCUUCCUCCUCCGGCAACCAGCACCAGAGGCUCCAUCCACCAGCUGCCCUAUCCCCAGCUACUUCCCGUUCCACCCCGCCACUCAACCACGCGGCUGACCAUGACGAAGAUGGCGCCUCCGAUGAUGCCCUCCUGGCGCUCCUCCACGCCCAUGACACCGAUGCCGCCUACAGCCUCUUCUCCUCGAAGCCUUCUGCCCUCCCUUCCUCCCCCACCACGCCCUCUCGCCUCCUCGCGCAGCUCUCCUUCAAUUCCAACGGCCCCGAUACGUUCUCCCACGCCGCCCGCCUCCUCCAGAGCCUCCGCGCCCGCGGCGCCCUCGACCUCCUCGACACCAACUCCCUCUCCCUGGCGGCCGCGGCCGCCGCCCGCUCCCGCGACGCCCGCCUCACCCACUCCCUCCUCCUCUACAUGCUCCGUCAGGGCCUCCUCCCCGACCGACGCGCGUACACCACCGCCGUUGCCCGCCUCACUCCGCCCACCAAGGUGCUCCGCCUCUUCAACGCCAUCCUCCGCCACCUCUGCCGUGCGCCACUAGAGCUCAUCUACCCUCCUCGCCUCCUCGACGCUGUCAGAUUCAACGCAGCGCUGGGCAAUACUUUGCCGACGCCGAGGAUCGCCACCCGAUUCCAAAGAAAUUGCGGACGCAAUGAGCGAAUGGAGCACCACCGCCGAUGGCGCGCUCACCUACAACGUCGUCGAUGUGCGAGCGCACCGACCGAAAGGACCUCGUCGCACCUUGUCGGUGCGGGCGAUGUGGCGCCACAAGACGCCGCGUGCUUGGGCAAGAUGGCCUCGGCCGGAGUUCUAGCCAACCGUGUCACCUACAACGUCCCCGCUCAAGGGGUACCGCCAAAGUACCAGCAGAUCGACAAAGCCGUGGAGCUCUUUGAGGAGAUGGUGACGGACGCCGGCAUCCACUCUUUGUCGUGGUGA